AUUAAACGUAAAAUAUACAAAUUGGAACCAGACUGUAUUGUGCUUAAUAUCAAACGUGCUUCCGCUGAAGAAAACUAACCGCUCUCUUGACAUAGCAGUUAAAAACUAUUAAAGAUGAGUAGUCCAGCUGUUGUGAAAGAAGAUGAUCAUAUUAUUUUAAGGAAAGGCGAUAACUUGAGGUUAUUCCAAGUUCAUAGAAAUAGAGAUGUAUGGUUGGAAAAGAGUAAGUUUAAACUGGAUGGAAUAAUUGGUUUUCCAUAUGGUUCAUUGUUUGAAGUGAAGGAUGGUGAGAUGGUGAAAAUGGAGCGAACUGUUCAGCAAGAUACUGAUGCUUCAGAGGAAGGAAAAGACAACAGACAUUUGCAAGAUAAGGACAGUAACCAGAAAUUGACACAAGAGGAAAUAGAACAGAUGAAGAAAGAAGGAGUAUCUGGGGAUCAUCUAAUAGAACAACUGAUAGAAAACAGUGCCACCUUCCAGAGUAAAACAGGAUAUGCACAGGAAAAAUGGGUCAAAAAGAAGAAAAAAAAACAUUUACUACAAUUUACUGUGUUAAAGCCCACUACAAGACUUAUGUGUGAGAUGCACUGGUCAAAGGGACCUUCCAGAAUAUGUAACUUAAGGAUCGAUACCCUUGGACAGAUAUUAACAAUGGGUAAUGUACGUGCCAACAGUACAGUGAUGGUUGUUGAGUCAUGUUUAGGUCUCAUUACAGGGGCUGUACUGGAGAGACUUGGAGGAUAUGGAAAAGUGAUCAGUUUUUAUCAUGGUGACUCACCAAUGAAGUGCAGUUUAGAUAAUUAUGACUUCCCAAAAGAAAUUAUGGACACUUUAUAUAACUACCCAUUAGAGCUUGUAAAUUCUCUAAAGCACACAAAACCAGACCAGCAAAAUAUUGACUGUGUCCCAUCUGUGACAUGUGAUCAGCCUGAAAGUAUGCAGACUGAUGAUAAAACUGUAACACAGUCUAAUUGCAAUAAUGACUCGGCAAAUUCUAAAGAACAAAUGCAUACAUCAGAGACUGGUUCUCAAGAAAAUUUAUCAGCAGAAGGCUCUGUAAACGAACAAUCAGAUAAAACAGUGGACCAGUCCAAAACUAAUACAGAGACUGCUUCCAAGGAAGAAAAUGAAGUUAAAAAUUCUGGGAACAAGUCUACAAGGGCAGAUAGGUGGAGUAAGAAGAAAGUUAGAACACAUAAAGAUAGAGCUGAGGCCAAAUUGAUCCGAGCCAAAGAAAUUGAGGAAGCUAGAAAAAUAAUACAGCAAAAGAAUGUUGACUGUUUGAUAGUCGCAACCAAAUUUUACCCGACCCCGAUCUUGCUGGCACUGAUAGAUUAUGUGGCGCCCUCACGACAGGUUGUAGUCUACUCCCAGUUUAAGGAG